CACACAGCUGAUCCUUUUCGAUGACAGUCUUUUCUGAACACGAACCUCACAAAUUCCUGAGACGAACAAUUUUCAGCCUUCUCUAAUUGUAACGUCUUCUUAGCGUCGUGCUUUGGUAGAGUUAGGUUAUUAACGGUUCUCUAUCCCGCCGAACGAUGUCGCUUUUCGGUGAAGAGAGCAAAGAAAAUUUUUUCGACCUUCUUGAUGGUUUCAUAGCGGCGUACACGGCGAAGAAAGAUGAUGACGAGGAUGAUCUUGACGUCUCUAACAACAAUCCUAGCUCUCUCUCCGCCAGUGCAGAUGUUGCAUCUUCGACGGCGCAGAACGGCAAAUGUGGAUCAGAUGUUACUCCUGAAUCUGCAGCUAAAGAAGGCGACGUUGCUGUGGAAGUUUCCCCAUUCCGACGAGGCGCGAAGGAGCGCAAAACUACAGAAGAGAGAUCAUCUCGAUCCAACUUUCCUCUCGUACGACGCAGCUCCUCCGUCUCCGGUUCGCAGUCGGUGGCCAGAGACGCCCGUACUGGUUUCACGCAUAUGCUGGUUAAAGGGCACUUGCCUUCUACGAACGGAAAAUGCCAGCACUGUUCAGAGUUCAUAAGUAUGGAUACGCACAAUUUCUUCAUGAAGUGCGCUACUGGAAAGACAGACGCUAUGUUCUUUACGAAGGUGUACGGUGUGGAUGAAUUUCCAAUGAGCGGAGCACGGAAGCCCCGCGACUCGACACCUGUGCCCUGGAAGGACAACUCUGUUGAUGACGAGUCUGUUAGUCCGAGUAAGACGGAGAGAUCAAGGACUUCUGCCUCUUCUCCAGCACCCGAAGUUUUUCUGAAGGCGUCUUCCGGUGCACAAGCAGUCCCUGCUGAAGCAGCAAACUCCCAGAACACCUCCAUUAUAGAGGGAGAAACGGGCAGUGAAAUGGUUAAAGUCUCGCAUUCGGAGAAGCCGUGCAGAAGAUCGAACAUGAUUGAGCUGCUGUACGACGUCGAAACGGGCACUAUAGUUAUGAGAGACGGAUUAAGAGAACGCAUAGUCAGGGAAAAGAAAAAGAAAAUGGUCUAGAAUUAAAGAUGAUGCGGUUAAAUUUUAGAAGAUCUGUUUAGGUCCAGUUCUCAUUGCGGUAUGAAUAAAUUUCCAAUUAUUGUUUCACUUCAUUGCCAUUAAUAUUUUGUA